UCCCCAAGGGCCAUCCCUGCUCCAUGCAGGGUGACAGAUCCCAAUCCCAAGGGUCAGCCCCGCUCCGCCCCCUUUCUCAGCCAGAAAUAGCUGCUGUCCCGCGCUGGACCUUGGCAUCUGGUCUGGAGCCCAGCACCGGUUGGGGCAAGCAGCAGGAGCCCUGGGGUGUCCCGGAGGACCAGCUGGGGCCACCAAGCACUGGUGACCACAGCUUGGCUUCAGCCUCAUCCCCGGCGCAGCAGGAGAGCAUCUUUGGUGUCCAACGCCAGGGACAUCCCCUGGCCAGGCAGGAUCCGUCCCCCUUGCACAGAGCUGCCCCAGGAGCACAGCAGCAAGUAAUGGCCAUCAUGAGACCGGGCCCUGAGGAUGAGCCCCAGCUGGACCUGGGCAAGAAGAUGAGCACCACGCAGGACCUGAUGAUAGAGGAGCUCUCCCUGCCCCACAACCGCGGGUCCCGGCUCUUCCAGCAGCGCCAGCGCCGCAUGCAGCGCUUCACCUUUGAGAACCUCGGCAGCCACAGGGAGCUCCCAGGGCCGGGUGGCUCACACCGCACAGAGAGAGGUGACAGGGAGGGAGCAGCAAAUGAGUGGACGGCAGGGGAGGAUGCUGGGGGCCAGCAGAGUUACCACUCCGAGCUCCACGUGGCAGCAUCGCCCCAGGGCGGCCCCCCUGAAGUGCCCAAGAAGACACAGAAAGUCCUGCAGAUGAGUAAAAUCCUCAACCCCGAUGCUCUGGCCCCAGGCUACUCAGGUCCCCUCAAAGAAGUCCCUCCGGAGAAGUUCAAUGUCACCGCCAUCCCCAAGGGCUACCGAUCCCCAUGGCACGACCUCCUUGGUGACAAGGACAAUGCCGUGCUCGGCGAGUACCAGCCACCCAUGAGACCCUCUCAAUGGGACUUCAGGAGCUUCAACAGGACUCCUGCCCCGUUUGACAGAACACAGCUCAGUGACCUGUUCUUUGUGCCUGCCACGGAGCUGGACAACCUGAGCACUCUGGAGGUGAUUGACAACAGGCGUAACUUCAACAGGGUGCCGCAAGGCUGGGUGCGGAUUCUACCGGAGAGCGACGAGCUGUAG